AUGAGACACGACAUUCUUCAGAAAGAGUACAAAUCCAACAUGGAUCGUCCGACGAUUGUUUUUCUCGGCAUUAUCUUAUCUAUUCUACUCCUUCUAUUGUUUUCAAUGAAGACUUAUACUACCUGGUCAACAAUUGACAACGAUGAAGAAACGUUCGUAUCUCUUUGUCAAGUUCAUGUUCAAUCGGAUGAAUCAAAUCUAUUCGAUGAUCAAACACUUCUCUCCUUAUUAGCCAUACUCAAAAUGCAUGAUUUUCAAAUUGGACAGCCAGUAUGGGGACCAGCGAACACUCGCCUCUAUCUCUGCGAACAUCCUCUCAAAGCUGGUUUAAAACAAUCAACAAUCGACAACGAAUUCAAUAGUAUUCUACAAAGUACUAGAGACUCGUCAAAACGGUACGCUUGGUCGUGUGCUUGA